AUCAAAAUGAAAGAAAUCAGGCUAGGCGAGAACUUAAUAGGUAUAAUAUGCAUAGCAUAGCAAGAAAUAAUAUUGCUAUAGAGAGUAACUACCUCGGAGAAUUAAACCAUAAUUGUCAGUAUUGCAGUGCAAAGAAGUUUUUAAAUGAAACUCAUUUUUUGUGCUGCCAUUCAGGAAAAGUUGCAUUAGCUCCUCUUUCUCUUUAUCCGCCAUUGUUGACUGGUUUAAUGACAGGAAACCAUGUUGAUCAUGCUGUAAAUCAAAAUUUUUUUAAACACAUAAGGAGUUAUAAUUCCUCUUUAUCUUUUGCUUCCUUCACUGCCGAAAUAGCUCCUCCCUCAAAUAAUGGCCCUUUCUGUUUUAGGGUCUGUGGGCAAAUUUUGCAUCGUGUUGGAAAUUUAAGGCCUGCAGAAGGUUGUCUGCCCAAAUAUUGUCAGCUGUAUAUCUAUGAUCCUAAUGCAGCAGUGUCAUUCAGAAUGGAACAACCUGGUAAUGAUGGUUGUAUACAUGAGUUAAUGCAACUCUUGCAAACAUUAAUUAAUCAAGAAAACCCAUUUGCUCUUGCAUUUAAAAACAUGGCAGAAGUAGAGGAUGAAGAAAUCCGCCAAGCAGCUUUAGAAGGUAGACCAACCUCUGUUGUAAGAAUGUCUUUGCUUGAAGGUCAUGAUAGACGUCGAUACAAUCUUCCUUCCCAUGAGGAAGUUGCUAUUGUGUUUGUGGGAGAUGAUGGUGCUCCACCUGCAUCCAGGGAAAUUGUUAUAUACCCUCGAGGUCAGCCUUUAAGAACAAUUUUGUCUAUGUCUGCAAAUUUGGAUCCUUUGGUAUAUCCAAUAUUCUUCCCGAGAGGUGAUGCUGGAUGGCACAAUCAACUAGAGCACAACCCUGACCGUGCAACCCGUGUUAGAAACCAUGUUACUUUGUCUCAGUAUUAUAAUUAUAGGCUUGCUGUUAGACAAACUUUUAGUCCUAUAUUCUAUGGUAAGAAACUUUUUCAGCAAUAUGUUGUUGAUGCAUAUGUCAAAGUUGAGGGACAGCGCCUUGCUUUUAUUAGAAAUAACCAAAACAAACUUAGAAGUGAGCAAUAUGAUGCAUUGCAUGAAGAUUAGCAUACUCAAUGACCAUAAAUAAAAGUCAAGGUCAAACUUUUGACAAAGUUGGUAUUUAUCUCAAAAACCCUUGCUUUUCACAUGGUCAACUCUAUGUUGCAUGUUCAAGAACAAGAUCGUUUAAUACCUUAUUUUUUAAAAUUGAUGAGCAUUCAUUACAAGGUAUGUCAUUUAACAAAUGCUACACAAACAAUGUUGUAUUUACCAAUGUACUAAAUCUAUAAAUAAUUAAUUUUUUACAAUUAAACUCCUCAUUUCUUAUAAAUAUUUUAACUGUAAUUUAAAGUAUUUUUGUGUGUUGCUUGAUGCAGUAAUGUGUGAUAUUUAUUAUGUGUUUAAAUAUGUGUUAAGGUUAUAUUUUGUAAGUGUUUAUGUGUAACUAAUGUGUAAAUGACUGUUAUAUGUGAAGUGUAUUUUUUAUGUUAUCUGUUUAUAGUUUGUGAGUUGUUAUUAUGUUGUUUUCAUGGUUUCAAAGUGGUGUGACUUGGCUUUGUUUAUGGCAAGAGUGUUGUCCUUGCUAGCCAAGCGGUGUACUUUGAAUAAUGUGACUUGGCUUUGUUUAUGGCAAGAGUGUUGUCCUUGCUAGCCAAGUGAUGUACAGACAUGAAACACAUAAUAAAAUCUGUUUGUAAUCACAAAAUGUGUACUUAUAAGUAUGUUAUAUUUUGUAAGUAUUUAUGUGUAAUUAAUGUGUAAAUGGCUGUUACAUAUGAAGUGUAUUUUUUGUUAUGUUAUCUGUUUAUAGUUUGUGAGUUGUUAUUAUGUUGUUUUCAUGGUUUCAAAGUGGUGUGACUUGGCUUUGUUUAUGGCAAGAGUGUUGUCCUUGCUAGCCAAGCGGUGUACUUUGAAUAAUGUGACUUGGCUUUGUUUAUGGCAAGAGUGUUGUCCUUGCUAGCCAAGCGGCGUACUGACAUGAAACACAUAAUAAAAUCUGUUUGUAAUCACAAAAUGUGUACUUGCAAUUGAGCGAUUGUUUAUGGAUCAUACUACCACUAACUGAAAUAUUUUCUAAUAAGCUAAUUGCUGGAUCCUUUGGUGGUUUAAGUUAUUGAGUCUUUACUUGUGCUUUUUUUGAAAAGAGUUUAUAAUCGAAACUUGCAACAAAAAAUCUUGAAACCUUUACACAAAACCUAUUCACACAAAAAAAACAAUCUCAAAUUCGAAUGCCUUCUCUUAAUGUUGAUCGUUUUUUAACAUCCAAAGGGAAGUUUUGUUAAUCUUUAUACCAUUUACUAAAAGAUAUAUUAUAGGGAAACAAAUCAAAUUGAUUUUAUAAAGUACUUCUGAUACUUUUUAUGUUAUAUAUAAUAGAUAUUGUAAAAUUUAAAAAAAAAAAAUUAUUUUUUUAAUUUUAUCUCAAGAAAAAUGUUUUUUGUUUCUCACACAAAUUUGUAAAUUUUUUCUCUUUGGAAUUAUAGUAUUUGAUGGAUACAUUGCUCAUUUUGCUUUUUUUAUAUAUAUCUCCGUUAUAUAUGAAUGGAAACCGUUAAUACUUUUAUUACCAUGGUAAUUACAGAUCUAGAUAGUUCCAUUCCCAUUAAGUAUUUUACAAAUUUUCGGUACAAAUAAUAGCUAUAGUAGUUUAAUAAUUUGCUAAUUUAUAAACAUUUAGAAAAAUUUGUUGCGAGUUUAUUGUAGAAAAUUUGCUUUUCAAACAAAUAGAGCUAAUUUUUGACAUAAUUAGGAUUCGUCACCUGAUUCUUUGUCAAAUACUUCUCCUUUUUAAAUAGGAAAGGUUAAAUUUUAUAAAAAAGUUUGCCAAAACACUGGGAGAAAUGUCACGUAAUUGGUAACUAUGUUAAAUACACUUUUGUUAGGUCCACGUAAUUUUCGAAUCUGCUCAUCACUACGUUAGAUGGCGUUAUUUCUUUAAAAUACCUUAAAAAUCUUCAAUUCAAAGUUUUUGUUUCGAAUCAUCAAAAUAUUGGCAUAUGAUAUAAAUAUACGAUUCUAAUAAACCAAAAGUAUGUGGAAAAAUUGCGCAUACUUAGGCAUCAUAAAAACUUAAUUCACACCAACCAUUUACUUCGAUAUUUUUUAGUGUAUGGCAGAAAAAUAAAUUACGAAUUGUCUUAGAUAAAUAAAGUUACCGGACCUUUAUUACUUAAUCCAUAAACAAUUAUUGUUUCAUUCGAUUUAACACCACAAUAAAAAACAAAGCUUUUUCUAUUUAUUUUCGAAAAACGUUUUACAGGAAACCGAGUUCUUUUGUAGCAUUUUAGUUAGAGUUAUAAAAAAAUCUAUAACUCUUAUUUUGUUAAGUAAAAAAAAAAUCUUAUGCUCUUCUAAUUUUAGUCACCAAUAACAACUAUGUUAGGAAUAGUAGAAAAUGUUAUGUGUGGUAGAGAAACUGUUUUAGUGUGGUGUUGUAGGAGUACUGCGGGUCUAAGAAACUUUGUUUUCAUCGAUAAAUUAUUCUAUUGGUCUAUUAAAACAGUAUGAAAACUUUCCAGUAUUUAUAUUUGAUGUCUUUUUUUCAUUUCAUUUUAUAAUUGUAAUUUAAGUUUCAAAAAGCAGCAAAAACAACUUGAAAAGAACUAUCGCACAAUGACUCGCUUAAACACAGGAUUCCAAUUUCCUGAUAUACAUGGAAAUGCUGAUACUGCUUUCACUAUAUUGUCUCUUUGUAAUGUGUAACAUCAUUUUUACUUAGGUUUGCCAAAUGACCGGCUUUUACAGAGUAGAAUAUAGUCCCAAACAUAUACAGUUCAGUUCUUUUACUGCUUUCUUCUUCAUAAAAGCCGGACGUCUUGCAACCCUUGAAUUUCCCCUUCUUUUUGUUUGCAUAAAUUACAUAAUUCUCUUAAUUAUAAAUACUCCAAAUCCGAUUUUCGAACAGCGUAUUUUAAAAUCUAAAGAAAUAUAAGCGAUUAAAGAUUACAUUUUGCAAGCCAACUGGAUGCUUAAACAACUCAAAAGACAGCCACGCGCUCAUUAUAGCUCUCUUAUAGAAUCUGAGUGAGUUACUGUUUUGAAUAUCUAAAAUCUUCAAAUUAAGUUUUUAUGAUUUUAAGUUAAAUUAGACUUAAGAAUAUGUGUAAGAAUUGAGAAUAAAUAUUUACUUUUUAUUUUAGAAAUGAACACACAAGAAAAUUUAAACGACGAUGAUGGUGACUUUUUUAGAAAAAAAUUAGAAGAUUUACAAAAGUCCAUAGGUGAGUAAAAUUGCUUUUAUGUUUAUUAUACACCCUAAUUAUUUAUGUACAUCUAAUAUUAAAUGCGUUUUUUCAAUUUGAGAUUAGUUUUGGACUUUGUACUUUUUGGUCAAUUUUUUUAGAUAUCAUUUUAAACUACAUUUGUAAGUAACUAUAUUAUGUUUUAUGUCUCAUAAAAGUUUUAAUAAAUAAUAUAAUGUAAUCACUUAUAUAGUGACAAAUCCAACUUCCUCAGUAACGUAUGUUGUUGUACUCACUUAUACUUGACUUAAUUUAUGGAUUAAUUGGUUUUAUUGCAUUUUUAAUUUUCUUUUAUUUAUCUCUAGCUGCUGCUUCUUCUGUUACAAGCUCGAAGUCAUGGGAAGAAUUCAGAAAGUAUCGCUCCCAGCAUCCAGGCCCUCUAUCUAUGAGGGCCUUCCAUCGCUGGUGUUUGUAUGGGGACGACCAUCCCUCCUUUAGAUGGAGGGAUGGCACCCCAUACAACACGGGGAAUAGAGCGGAUGCUGGGAGGAGAAGACAACGUGGCGCAAAAGUUGUCAAUAAUUUUUUUACAUAUUAAAAUGUAAAGAAAUUGACAACUUUUGAGCCACUUCAUUUUUUUUUUUUGUAAUAUAUUUUUGUAAAUUUA